UGGUCGAUUUGAUUUGAGGAUGAGGGCAUAAUCUUGCUUCAAAAUCUGACGACACAACCCUAAAACCUCCUUGUAAAACCCUAAGCCUUUGCCCCUUUGUACGCCUAGAACCUUCUACCACCAUCCUUGAACUAAUGUAACUAUUUAUUAGCCAAUUCCACAUUAGCACAAGCACAGCUUCACACUUUCUCGCAGCUGCAAAUACAGUUUCUCUGCAAUGGCGGCGAGGCGUCUGAUUCCAACUCUCAAUAGAGUUCUCGUGGAGAAAAUCAUCCCGCCGUCCAAAACCACCGCCGGAAUUCUCCUCCCAGAAAAAUCAUCCAAGUUGAACUCUGGUAAAGUAGUUGCAGUUGGACCUGGGCUGCGCGACAAAGCAGGGAAUAAUAUCCCAGCUGCUGUCAAAGAAGGCGACACAGUUCUCUUGCCGGAAUAUGGUGGAACCCAAGUGAAAUUGGGCGAAAAAGAGUAUCAUUUGUACAGAGAUGAAGAUAUAUUGGGCACUUUGCAUGACUGAUUGGAGAUUUUGCUCUUCCCUAUUGUCAAUUGAGAGUUGUGAUAUGGCUGAGUCUAGUUGCUGCUGCUGUCUUUUCAGUUGUCCAACUCAUUGAGAUUGUUGCUGCUAUCUAUUUUGAAAUCAAAUGAUAUUUCAUUUCA